AUGGCGGCAAGUAAUGGAGGGGGUAUGGAAGUAGAUGGGGCAGUGAGCCCCAGUGUCAUGGCGUCAGGGGUGAUGGGGAGUGUUUCUGUGGCAUUGCAUCCACUCGUCAUCCUCAACAUCUCUGAUCACUGGAUCCGCCUUCGGUCACAGGAGGGCCGGCCGAUGCAAGUGAUUGGUGCACUCAUAGGGAAACAGGAAGGCAGAAACAUCGAGGUGAUGAACUCCUUUGAACUUCUGUCUCACACAGUUGAUGACAGAGUUCACAUAGACAAGGAAUACUAUUACACUAAGGAGGAGCAGUUUAAGCAAGUGUUCAAAGACAUGGAAUUCCUUGGAUGGUACACAACUGGUGGCCCUCCUGACCAGUCGGAUAUCCACAUUCAUAAACAAGUGUGUGAAAUUAUUGAGAGUCCUCUGUUCCUCAAACUCAACCCAAUGACUAAACACACAGAUCUCCCUGUCAGUGUGUAUGAGUCAGUUAUUGACAUCAUCAGCGGAGAGGCAACCAUGCUGUUUGCUGAGCUGACGUAUACGCUUGCCACUGAGGAAGCUGAACGAAUCGGAGUUGAUCAUGUUGCCCGAAUGACUGCGACCGGCACAGGAGAGAACUCCACAGUGGCAGAGCACCUCAUAGCUCAGCACAGUGCCAUAAAGAUGCUACACAGCAGAGUGAAGGUGAUCCUGGAGUACGUCAAAGCUGUGGAGGCAGGAGAGGUGCCCUUUAAUCACGAGAUUCUCCGUGAAGCAAACGCCCUGUGUCAUCGACUGCCUGUCCUCAGCACACUCAAGUUUAAAACAGACUUUUAUGAUCAAUGUAAUGAUGUGGGUCUUAUGGCAUAUCUAGGAACCAUCACUAAGACAUGUAACAGCAUGAAUCAGUUCAUCAACAAGUUUAAUGUGCUGUACGACAGACAGGGUAUCGGACGUCGAAUGAGAGGCCUCUUCUUCUAACUCAGAGGAUGCCCAUUGCACAGUUUUGUCUGCUUAGCUAUGUUCCCAUUUUAAAACGCACACUCUCACACACUAGCUUUCAGUUACAGUUGAGUAUAGUGGGUUUUUGUUUUUUUGGUUUUUUUUUUCGGCAGCUGACACAAUUCAUUCUUGGGUUAGGUGCCUGUAGUAGCAAGAGAAACAGCUAAUCUUUUGCAAAUACACACACAUAUGCACACACAUGCAUAUGGACAUACUUCAAUGACAAACAGAAAUUUGUCUUUUGUUUUUUUUUUGUCUUUUGGUUUGUUCCAUAACUCUCGAGGAAAUAAAUAUGAUCUUUCUUUGGGA